CCAAGUAAAACUACAUAAAACAUAAAAUAAAAUUAUGUGCAUGGAAACCACCUGCUGAUCACCCAUAACAACUGCAUUCCAGAAUGCUGGUGGAUUAUAAAUACAGGCGUGGAGCUCGCAUCCAUCACUAUCACCGAGACCUUCGGAGAGAAUACUGGACAGUGAAAACAACAGAAGGGAACGCAGUGAGAAGAACACAAGUGGACAGAGAGAGAAAAACAGAAAGAGAAGAGAGAAAGGCUGUAGAGGACCGAGGAAGGAAGAUUGGAAAGGAUUUAGGGAGUAAGACAGGAGCAGGGAGAGAACGAAAGACAAGGAAAGAUGGAGAAUAGCAGAGAGAGGAGGAGGAAGGAAAGAGAGAGAAAGGCACAGGAAGAAAGAGAGAGACAGGUGCAGGAGGAGAGAGAGAGUGAGAGGGAGGAAAGAGAGCGACUGGAGAGAGAGGAAGCUGAACGACAGGAGAGGAUGGAGAAAAGGAGGAAGAGGAGGGAGGAGAGAGAGAGGCAGGCCCGAGAGGAGAGAGAGAGCAAGGAGCAAGAGGAGAGAGAGAGACUUAGAGAGCAUAGAAGAAGACAUGCAUGGGUGGAGGAAGAAAGACAGGAGAGUGAGGAGAAAGAUGAUGUAGAAAAACAGGAGGAGGAGAAGACAGAUAGAAAAGAAUCAUAUCCAAAAAAGGGACUAGUUUCAAAACUGAAAAUACUGUACCUCGAACACCAGAAGGACCAAAUCAUCAAGGCCAUCUCGAAGACCUACCAGAAGGAGGAGGCCAUUAAUGCUGAUGAUGAUACUCCUGAAAUGAAGGAGAUAAGAACAUGGAGGCAACAGGGUAAGAGGAAAAAGCUGCUCAAGAAACAACAAAAGAUGGAAGAAAAGAUAAAACACAAGAAGGAGAAGGGGAGAGAGGGAACACAGGAGCAAAAGGAGAGAGAAAGGCUUGAGAGACAGGAAAUGGAACAAGAGAAGAUUGAAAGGAGGAAAGAGAGGAAGGAAGAAAGAAAGAGACAGGAGAGGGGGGAGAGACUAAAACAGGAGCAGGAGGAGAGAGAGACACAGGAAAGGGAGGAGAGAGAAAGACAGGAGAGUGAGGAGGAAGAUGAGGAUGAUGGAGAAAUACAGGAGGAGAAGACAGAAAGAAAUAAAUCUUUUCAAAAAAAGGGACUAGUUUCAAAUUUGAAAAUACUGUACCUCGAACACCAGAAGGACCAAAUCAUCAAGGCCAUUACGAAGACCUACCAGAAGGAGGAGGCCAUUGAUGCUGGUGAUGAUACUUCUGAAAUGAAGGAGAUAAGAACAUGGAGGCAACAGGGUAAAAGAAAGAAGCUGCUAAAGAAACAACAAAAGAUGGAAGAAAAAAUAAAACGCAAGAAGGAGAAGGGGAGAGAAGAGGAAAAUCAAGAGGAGGAAGAUGAAGAGAAAGUUUUCACACAGUGCUCUUCGCCACUGUGAAUAUGGAAAAAUAUAUAACCUCAACAAUCCUGGUGAAAUCCCUUUGACGCUGGUACAGAUGUCUGGUACAUGGUGGCUUUACAUUCAUGACUGCUGUUCACACAUACAGGGGAUGAACUGAAGCUUCACUUUGAGCUAACCAAAGACCACCAAAGAUGUUAUGAUGCUGAAAUUCUGCACCACAUAUACAGUGAUGCUGUUAACAAAUUGUACCUGCUGUUUGUAGUGGUGUUUUUACAGGAAUUCAACAGGAUCAACUAGCUGUUCCAGCAGGACAGACACAAUCUGUCCAAACUCACAAGCAAAAUUAUUGCUCAGAUCAGUAUCAGUGCCGAAGCUCUACUCAAAGACAGUAUCAGGCUGUUACAUCUCACCCAUGGACAAACAAGGUAGACAGUCAGUCAGACAGGCAGAGGCGGUUUUGGUUGACAGCAGUUGAGACUCAACCUUCAGAGAACUUCCUGCUGUUGUUUGCAAUGCCUUUGAGGAAUGCUGACGUAGAACAAGACACUCUUAGCAGCAUACUGCACAUAAAAUAUGGACUGAGAAGACAAGACAUAUGCUGCAAGGACUUUGUCCAAAGCCAGUAGAUGCUCCAGUGUCUCAACAGCUGCUUCUAUCUUCUUUGUUCAGUGCCAGGCUACAAUGCUAAGAAUAGAAGAUUGUUUUCAAUAACAAACAGAAACAGGUUUCAAAGUUAUUAAUUAAGGGGUGUGUGUGUGUGUGUGUGUGUGUUUAUGUGUCUGAGUAUGUGUUACAGAGGAACAAAGCUGAUAACAAGACAAGGAAGACAAGAUGAAGCCAGGGAAUGCUCCAGUGUUUCACCAGCCACAUGAGAGGUGAAGACAGUAAAGAUGGAUUUUAAUUCAUGUCCCCAGCGAGGCCCUCUGGUUACCCAGCAGAUCUCAGUGUGACAGACAGUGCAGCGCAGCCAAUCACAUCCAUCCCUCUUCUGCACA